ACAGCCGUCCGGGCAUGACUUUUACCAGCAAGUUCUUAAGCACUCUGUGAAGCUUUUUGUUGGUAUUUUAUUUAAUUUUAUUUAGUUUUAUUUAAUUAUAUCAGUCUGUAUAGCGGUCAGGUUCGGAAUGUCUCUUCACAGACUACUGAGAUGUAAAACUCUUCAGGCGUUAUCAUGUAGAGAGACACAGAGGUCCUUUACGACCAACACCAAUGGAGAGAUCCGCAUCGGCAAAAUCCUGAAAGAAAAGUUUCCCCAAGCCUCAUCUCUCAAAGUCGUGGAUAUUUCAGGUGGCUGCGGCGCGAUGUAUGAAAUCCAUAUUGCGUCAGAGGAAUUCAGAGGGAAAAGAACAGUGCAGCAGCACCAGUUAGUAAAUCAGGCACUAAAAGAAGAGAUUAAAGGCAUGCACGGACUGCGGAUCUUCACAGACGUUCCAAAAAAGUAGAAUCUGCUCGAAACCAAGCUCCGAUGUCUGCUGGAUCCGGUGUCAUUUAUUAGCCCUGAUUAUUACAAAUAAAUAUAAAUUUUAACUAUUUCAGAUAUUACGUGAUAUUUAAAUGGACAGAGUGAAAAUGUUUAAUGGGCCUCAUUUAUCAACCAUGAAAUACAGUACAAAACGUAACAUGUUUGGUCUGGCUUAUAAGUUGUUGUUUUUUUCUUAUAAGCCAGACCAAACACUUACAAAAGAUUUAGAUUCUCAUUGUACUUACUUGCAAAUGUUGAUAAUUCCAGGUUGUAAAUUAACAAGUGUGCUUACAACAAAGCUGAUUUAUAUUUAGUGAUUUAUACAAAACACUAUAAAAGGCAAAACGCACAGAGCUAAAAACGUCCGAAAAUGUAAACGGUGAAAAAGCGCCUCCUGGCAUCCACUACAUGUUCUCUUAUUUCAGCUUCGCCACUGUAACACAUCAGUCACAAUAAUCGAUAUGAUCAUUCUAAUGCUUCCCCCAUGCCAUGUAGGGUGUCUUUACUUUCACGUAAUUAACACAAAUGGCUAGUGUCAUUCAUCUGCAUAUAUGGAAUUAUUAUUAUUAUUUUUUAAUCAAACCAUUAUUCUGAAAUGACUACAUUUCAGGUUUAAAUAAUCGAUUUAAACUUUCCAACAUAAUCCGUUUAUAGAACUACAGUUGUUUACUAUGAUCGAUAUGAUUUGAACUUUCAUAGGAUAUGGAAGGUUCUCUUUUCUUUAGUUGUUUUUCACCCAGACUUAAUAGAUUUUUAUGAACCAGAUUUCUUUUGUGAAACGCUCCUCUUCAGAUGCAGCUUGAUAAAUGAGGCCUGUUAUUUGAAUUCUACAGUACGCACCAAAUGCUGUAGUAUUGCAAAAAAGUGACUUGAAUGCUGCAAUGCGCACAAAAAUGACACAGUAUCUUAAAGCCACUGUUGUAGCCUGAGAAAACAAACGACAUGGAAAGCAACUCAGAAAAAGGUGUUACUGUUAGUGUUUUUUACGAAGCCAAUUAUACUUGAUUUACACAUGAAUAAUUGCUGUCAAACAUUUUGUGUUUGAUAUAAUUUUUGACAUGUCUUUGUUUUAGUUUUUUUUCUCUGUGAUUUUGAUUGAUUGUGAAGAUAAGGAACUGAAAGCCAUUAAAUCACACUUCUUGUCUGUUGUCAUUUCUUUGUGGUUUUCUUUCUUAUAUGGAUAAACCGAUCAGCCAUAACAUUAAAUCACAAAACAUUAAGCUUAAUAUUGUGUAGGUUGCUCUUGUGCCAACAAAACAGCUCUGAUCUUAUGAGGCAUCACUCCACGAGACCUCUAAAGAUGUGUUGCGGUGUCUGGCACCAGGAUGUUAGCAGCAGAUCGUUUUAAGUGCUUUAAGUUGCAAGGUCGGGCCUCUAUAGAUCAGACUUGUUUGUCUGGUGCUUUCUAUUAAUGCUUGAUAGGAUUGCGAUCUGGACAAUUUGAACACCGGAUAAAAACCUUGAACUCUUUGCAUACUAAGCCACAUGCACAGCAAGCUGAGUGUUCUGAUAACUUUCCAUCGUAGUCAGCAUGGACUUGGCUUUUCUGUGGGAUCGCACCAAAACUUGGGUGCUUAUGAUCUUGUCACUAGUUAGUUAACUGGUGUAUAAUUGAUAAUGAAUGUUAUUCAGUUCACCUCGCAGUGACUUUAAUGUUAUGCUUGAUCGUUGCAUAGAUUCAAAGAGUAUGGCUCUUAUUAUAUGUGUGUAAUUUAUGUAAUCCUGAUAUCUUCGGUGGAUUCAUUGUGACGGUCCUUUUAAAAUUGUUAACUACAUGUUUAUCCACUAGAUGUCAGGUUUUCCUUUAAAGUCCAUAAAUGUUAUUGUUUCCAGAAGAAUGAAGCUUCUUUUUCAUAAUGAUGAAAUGUUACAGAAUAAAUUUUAUUU